AUGAAGUCAUGCAUUCCUGCAAAAGACAAAGAAGAAGAUGAAAUGAAUCAAGAGGUUCCUCAAAAUUUUAUCCCGUCAAUUCAGCCUCGCAGUGGUGUACCAAACUCCUCGCAGCCAUCAUCAACACGACAAACUCAAGUGGACUCAUCACCAAUUUCAUGGCAACCAACAUCUGGUCCACGUCGAGUCUCACCCCCACCAACAGUGCCUCCACUGCCUUCUUCAAAAGUGAGUGAGCAGCAUAACUGGCAAGCCUCAGUGCACACAGUGCGGGAGAGAAAUGCGGUGAUGUUCAACAAUUCUUUGAUGGCUGACGUUUUCUUUACAGUUGGAGCUCCAGGACACCAGAGGAGAAUUCCUAGUCACAAAUAUGUCCUUGCCUCAGGAAGCUCUGUCUUCUACGCCAUGCUGUAUGGGGGGCUAGCAGAAGAAUGUAAAGUCAUGGAGAUCAACAUACCAGAUGUGGAGCCAGCAGCAUUUCUCAAUAUGCUCAGGUAUCUGUACUGUGAUGAAAUAUGGGUUGAAGCUGAUACAGUUCUGGCAACCCUGUAUGCUGCAAAAAAAUACAUAGUCCCACAGCUGGCUAAAGCCUGUGUCUGUUACUUGGAGACAAGUCUGAGUGCAAAGAAUGCAUGUGUUCUCCUUAGUCAGGGCAGGUUGUUUGAAGAAGUAGAGCUCAUGCAGCGAUGUUGGGAAGUUAUUGAUGCUCAGGCUGAAGAAUCUCUGAGAUCUGAAGGUUUCACAGAAAUUGAUAAGAAAACUUUGGAGACCAUAUUGUCCAGAGAAACACUCAACACACGAGAGCUGAGUCUUUUUGAGGCCGCUUGUCGCUGGGCAGUAGCAGAAUGUUGUCGCCAGGAUCUCGAACCCUCGGCUGAAAAUCAGAGGAAGGUUUUAGGUGAUUGUCUUCACUUGGUAAGGUUUCCGGUCAUGAGCCUGGAAGAAUUUGCCAAUAGCCCUGCACAGUCUGGUGUUCUUUCUCUUCGAGAAUGCCAUGACCUGUUUCUUCAUUUCACUGCCAGGCAAUCGCCCAAACUUCCUUUUCCAAAAGUCACAAGAAAAGGCCUCUCUCAGUUCAGAGUUCAAAGAUUUCAGUCAUCAGCCUACCGCAGCAACCAGUGGCGUUACCGUGGAAGAUGUGACAGUAUCCAGUUCUCUGUCGACAGAAGAAUUUUUAUUGCUGGCUUUGGUCUGUACGGUUCAAGCAAUGCGGCUUCUGAAUACAAAGUGAAAAUGGAGCUAAAGCGGAGUGGUUAUGUCGAGGGCCAUUGCAUGACAUCAUUUCUGUCCGACGGCUCAAGCAAUACAUUUCCCGUCUUCUUUGAGAGCCCGGUGCAGAUUGAGGCGGAAACCUUCUACACUGCAAGUGUCGUACUCGAUGGAAAAGAACUCAGCUACUUUGGUCAGGAAGGUGUUGCAGAGAUUCAGUGUGGCAAAGUUACCUUCCAGUUUCAGUGUUCCUCAGAUAGUACGAAUGGUACAGGUGUGCAAGGAGGCCAAAUACCAGAGUUGAUUUUUUACUGCUAG